AUGGCAGAUAUACGACGUGCAAAUGCUGGUGAAAACCUGAUAAUGUGCCAAGGCUAUGCUGUUGGCAGGAAUUUAACAUCAGGGGGAGAGCAUGGCUGGGAGAAGGAAGGUGGCCUUGAAUGGCCUGCUACAGUGCUUGGGAGAGAUCAGCAGCGCUACGCUGCGGCUAGGGAGCGCCCAAACGGGGCCGUCUUCAGGGUGCUCACCGGCGUGAACCUUUUCGUGCCUGAUGAUUUGGUAUGCAUUACGUAA